UAAGGGGUCUUUUUAAAAUCCAAAAUGGCCGACAUCAACAUGUGGGAACUGUUUCAGUGAUCUUGAAAAAUGGGUCGUUCUUCAAAAGAUAAACGGGAUAUAUACUAUCGUCUUGCCAAGGAAGAAGGUUGGAGGGCAAGAAGUGCUUUUAAACUUCUUCAGAUUAAUGAAGAAUUCAAUAUUUUUAAAGAUGUUAGUAAAGUUGUUGAUCUGUGUGCUGCUCCAGGAAGCUGGAGUCAAGUAUUGAGCAGAAGAUUGAGAGGUCAAGAUAGAGAAGCAGAUCCUAAAAUUGUGGCUGUUGAUUUACAAGCAAUGGCACCAUUGCCAGGUGUAAUUCAAAUACAGGGAGAUAUAACAAAGGUAUCUACUGCCAUGGAAAUCAUUGGUCACUUUGAAGGGGAACAGGCUGAUCUUGUUGUCUGUGAUGGAGCACCGGACGUGACCGGUUUGCAUGAUUUGGAUGAAUACAUACAAGCACAAUUGUUGUUAGCUGCUUUGAACAUAACAACGCAUGUAUUGAAACCUGGAGGUACAUUUGUAGCAAAGAUAUUUCGUGGCAAAGAUGUGACUCUGCUUUAUUCUCAACUCAAGAUAUUCUUUCCAAAAGUGACAAUUGCUAAGCCAAGAAGUAGUAGAAAUUCCAGCAUAGAGGCGUUUGUUGUAUGCGAAAAUUAUUCUCCACCGGUGGGGUAUAAACCAAACAUGUCAAAUCCAUUGUUGGAUCACCAUUAUGAUGUUGAUUUCAACUCUUUGGAAGGACCAAAUCGUAUCAUUGUACCAUUCCUUGCAUGUGGUGAUCUCAGUGCAUUUGAUUCUGAUAAGACUUAUCCUCUCAAGCUGGAUUCAGACAAAGAUUACGAGUAUCAUCCACCAACUCAGCCUCCAAUCAAACCCCCCUACGAAACGGCUUGUUAUCUGAAAAAAAAUGACAUGCUGGCAAAACUGAAAAAAACGCAACAAACCAAUGAAGGAGAUAAAGGGGCUCAUUAUGCUGUCAGUGAGAAAGCUGAUGUUGUGGCAGCAAAAGACAGUGAAGCUAAGGAGUCUUUCAACACAGCAACUGAUUUAAGUCACCUGGGUGCAUCUGCUCCUGUGAGUCCACCAGAAACUGACUUGAUUAAAGACAUUAAACAUAUUGCUAUCAAUGACAGCUGAAAAAAAUAGUAAUUUGUCAUUCUUUGCUACCACUUUUCUUUAUGAAUUUCCUCAUUAACCUUUUGUCAGUAUCAGGUGAACUAAUGGAAUCCGGGACACGUACCUGAAUCUACACCGCACUAAUGAUGCAAUCAAUGCAUGCACAAUUGAGCUUAAAGGGCAGAGGUCACCACGAUAUGUCUUGCUUUGAUGCAGAGGUUGUAUACAAUGCAUGCUAAAUAAUUUAUUUACCUGAAAUUCAAACCUGCUACACAACAACCACUGCCUUUCAAUUGUUACAAUUUUGAAUCUAAAACUUAUAUAAAUUUUGGCUCAAUUCUUUUCAAUUAUGUUUUGAAUGUUGUGACGUAUUUUCUGACAACUGUAUAAUAUUGACAUGUGUGUAUAUACGUAAUAGUCAACCAGUAUGUGUGUGAAUUAUCAGUUUUUAUCUGAAUUUAAAUAAAUAAAUACUAGGACUACUGUUUUAAUAAUGAAAUAAAUAAAUAUUAGAAACUCUA